GCCCGCGCUGCGUUCCUCCCUCUACCGGUCCUCAUCUUUAAAGCACGAGUCCACACGCUCCGCCUGUUGGACAGGGUGCUGAGCACCGGAGAGGGAGCAGCUGUAGCAGGCCAGGGCCGACCCGGGAGGGCCUGAGGCGACAGGGCUGCCGCGGCUGGCACGCCGGCGCCUCAGCCCCGCUCGAGUGCGUGCGGGAGCUGUGAGGGGAGGGGUCCCGGGAGCCAUUGUUGGUGGUCAGAGCGCCUCCUGGCCCCAAGUCCGCCCUCUCGGACCGAGAGGAGCAGUCGCCCGCCCCUGGACCCGGGCUUGAGACUCGGGUACCUCCAGCCGCCUGCCCGCCGCGCCGUCCGCCGCCCGCAGCCCAGGUGGAGACCAUGUUUGACAAGACGCGGCUGCCGUACGUGGCCCUCGAUGUGCUCUGCGUGUUGCUGGCUGGAUUGCCUUUUGCAAUUCUUACUUCAAGGCAUGCCCCCUUCCAACGAGGAGUAUUCUGUAAUGAUGAGUCCAUCAAGUACCCUUACAAAGAAGACACCAUACCUUAUGCGUUAUUAGGUGGAAUAAUCAUUCCAUUCAGUAUUAUCGUUAUGGUUAUUGGAGAAAUUCUGUCUGUUUACUUUAACCUCUUGCACUCAAAUUCCUUUAUCAGGAAUAACUACGUAGCCACUAUUUACAAAGCCAUUGGAACCUUUUUGUUUGGUGCAGCUGCUAGUCAGUCCCUGACUGACAUUGCCAAGUAUUCAAUAGGCAGACUUCGACCUCACUUCUUGGAUGUUUGUGACCCAGAUUGGUCAAAAAUCAACUGUAGUGAUGGUUACAUUGAGAACUACAUAUGUCGGGGAAAUGCACAAAAAGUAAAGGAAGGCAGAUUGUCCUUCUACUCAGGCCAUUCUUCGUUCUCCAUGUACUGCAUGCUGUUCGUAGCACUUUACCUUCAAGCCAGGAUGAAGGGAGAUUGGGCAAGACUCUUACGUCCCACACUACAAUUUGGUCUUGUUGCUGUAUCCAUUUAUGUGGGCCUUUCUCGAGUUUCUGAUUACAAACACCAUUGGAGCGAUGUGUUGACUGGACUCAUUCAAGGAGCUGUGGUUGCAAUAUUAGUUGCUGUAUACGUAUCGGAUUUCUUCAAGGCAAGAAAUUCUCCCUUUAAAGAAAGAAAAGAGGAGGACUCUCAUACAACUCUGCAUGAAACACCAACAACAGGAAAUCACUAUCGGAACAAUCACCAGCCCUAAAGGGUAGCAAGAUGGCAGAUGAAACUGGCCUGUUUUCUAAAGGAAAAUGACUGCAACUAGAAGGCAAGAGGAUGUGUCUUUCUUCCUGGUGUACAGGCCUUUACAGGACUGCUGCUGCUAUGCCUCCUGAAUGCCCACUUUAUGUAUAUAAUCACAUUUAACACAAUGGUUAUCUAAUAGCUCUAAGAUCAUCAAAAAAAAUUUCAAGCCUUCCACUAGAGCAAUGCCCCACCUAUACAUUUUUAUUAAAAAAUGUAAUGCUUAUGUACAUAUGUGUAUGUAAUAUGCUUUC